ACACCAACACCCCCUGCUCUGAUUUCCUUCCUCCUCCUCGGACCAGGAGGGGUUAGGGGUGGCCGGCGAGCUCUGGUCAAGGUGACGGUUGCCGCGGCGGUCACCCUGGGUUUACGGCUCUUGUCUCUCUCUCACCCGGAAAGUCUGUCGCGGCUGCCCCUCCGCUCGACGCCGGCUCCGUUCUCCGGCGAGAUCCACUGAUAUAUAUGCAUCUGUCGAUUCAGUCUAUUCUGAUGGACAAGGCAAGAAGCAACCAAGAACGCUCCGUAAAUGUAAGAGUCAAGAGGGAUGCUUCCAACAGGAUGAUGAGAUCGAAGGUGGCAGUGGAGCUUCACCUUCUACCCCACGACGUUCUGCGUGACAUAUUGUCACGGCUAUCACUCAAACAAGCUGUGAGGAUGAGCCUACUUUCUGGCGAGUGGAGGCGGCUAGCGAUAUGCCCUCCGGACCUGGUGUUCACUGAAGAGACCCUAUUUGGCAGCAAUACAACCAUGAUUACGGACCCGGAAUCCAUGGCCGCUGAAUUCCUGGAAUCAAUGAACAUUGAAUUCAUCACCAGAGUGGACAGUGUGUUGCGCGCCUCGUGGUCUACUUCCACUAUGACAACUGCUAGUACGGUGAAUAAGUUUGUUGUCAAAUAUGGCCUCGGCACAUAUCAUAGGCAUCACAUUGAUAGAUGGAUUGACUUUUCCACCGUGUCGAUGGCCAAACACAUUCGUCUUGAUCUCAGGGGAGGCGGCUUUGCAGGUGGCAUUUAUGUUGUCCCACUGUGUAAACUCAGUGGUCCGAAUGGCUCUUGCGUGAAGUCUCUUGAUCUUGCUUAUGUCUGCGUAUGUCUGCCCGCUAGUUUCUGUGGUAUCACAAACCUGAAUAAACUCAGCCUGUAUAUGGUCUCCAUCGAUGCACGUGAUCUCGAACGUCUAUUGCUAAGUUGUCUUCUUCUUAAGAGUUUAAGUUUGGAGUGCUGCCCCUUAUCAAGUUUCACUAUACGUCAGGAGAUCUGCCGGUUGCAAUACCUGAGUGUCCGCAAGUGUGCGGUGCGAAUGAUACAGUUGCAAGCUCCGAACCUUACCACAUUUAAGUUUGAUGACUGCGUGACACAAAUUGUGCUAAGGGAAUCUUCAAAGUUGUGAAGCAACCAUUGUGUUCAAGAACAUGCGGGACAAUUCGUGUUCUCACGCUUUCAACUAUAUCUUGACUGAGCUUCCAACUUCACUUCCUUAUGUGCAGAAACUCUUUCUACAUUUGGUUAUUGACUAUCAGGUGAAGAAGUUCAGUAAAACUCACACAACUUUCAUCAAUUUGUGGCAUCUGAACCUGAACAUUGAUGUCAGAGACGAUCCAGAGGAUGCUAGCUGGGUUAUUGGGUUGGUUUACCUCUUGGAAUCAGCGCCUCUCUUAGAAGAACUGGAACUGAAUAUAAAUUAUGAUAGAUUUGUUGAUCGUGAUCCUACAAGGAUAGUGAAGGCUGUUCCAGGGCCUCUCCAUCGUCACCUCAGGAGUGUCCACAUUACUGGAUUUUGUGAUCUAGUGGGGAUAGCCGAGCUGUUGCUCUACAUCCUUAGGAAUGCUAUUGUGCUCGAGCGUAUGGUGGUAGAUCCAGUGGUAUGGAUGGACAAUGGAUAUCCAUAUAGCAGGCAGCUCUACUCAGUCAGCAAGGUCGGUAGCUACCAGGAGUUUGCUCGACCUCGUUUUACUAAGCAGGAGCUGCAGGAUAGGGAGUUUGCAAAACAACACCUUAACAGAAAGGAAUUUCGUCACAUCCUCACCAUUUUAUGAACACCAAUGCUUAGUCUUGAGGUCGUAUUUAUAUAAGCGGAUGCUUGUUGGAUCAGCAUUGUGAAAAUUGACCUGAAAGGUGGCAUGUACAAGCUAAAUUACUGAAGACAAGUAGUAUUUGCAUGCGCCGACAUUUAGUUGUUCAUGCACUUCGUAUGCAAUCUGGGUUAAGUACGCUACAUUGUGUGUCGUCGUAUUUUUUGCCUCGGUGGUAUGAACAGAUACUGGCGCUAAUGAAGUGAGAUGCAAUAUUCU